AAAUAGUUUCCUAACCUACUUGGUCAUUAUUCAUGUUCUGUCUUGUAAAUGUCAAUGAAGUAGCUGAUUAAAAAAUAAAGAUAAUUAAUUAUAAACUGUCGUAAAUAGUUAUACAAAUGGCUAAUUUUAGCUUUGGUACACCAACCACUACAGCAGCUGCCACUGGUUUUGGAACAUUUGGUACCCCAAAGUCCACAACAGGAUUUGGAUUAUCAACUCCGGCAUUUGGGUCAACACCAGUAACUGGUAGUUUAACAUUUGGAACUGCUGCUGCAACUCCAGUAACGAGUGCACCAACGUCGAAUUUUAAUUUUGGUUUAACAUCUUCAACGGCUACUCCUGCUGGCAAUCUCUUGUCAAAUACUGGAACAACUACAGCACCUCCUAGUUUAUUUGGUACUCCAACAACUUCAGCAACCUCUCUAACAGGUCUUAAUUUUGGAGCUCUUGCUCCAUCGAGUUCUGUAGGUUUUGGGGCUACUACAAGUGCUCCAACAACUGGUUUGAAUUUUGGAACAACUACUACUUCCUCAUCAUUACUCGGUGGUACUCCUAGUGUAAGUUUAUUCGGCGCCAAACCAUCAGGAACAUCAACUGUUCAAGCAUCAUCAACAACAAGCAUUAAUAAAGGACUCGGUGGUUUAGAUGUUUCAUUAAGUAGUAAAGGUUUUUCACAUGGUGGUAAUGGUCCGACAAUAGCAAAAGAAAAUCUUAUUCCGAAUGAACUUACGCAGACUAUUGAAAGCUUUAAAGAAUAUGUUAAAACUCAAAAAAGCUUAAGCUCUGAUAUAGCAAGAGGUUCAGCACGACCACUAAAUCGGUGCGCUGAAGAUACUGCAUCGUUGAUGGAAAUGCUAACGACUUUAGGUGGAUCUGUUCAACGAGAUCGUGCAUUAGCUGAUAAACUUAAACAAGACACUGCUAAAGCAUUACAAAAUGCUGAAAUCGCACAAAGAACUCAUGAUACACCUGCUGGCUUACAAUAUGAAAAUACAGCUCCGCUAAUGUUUUUCAUCGAAUUAGCUGAAAAUUUUGAACAAGAUUUGAUGUUAUUUAGAUCACAAAUUGAGACUACAGAAAAACAUAUUCAAACUAUGAUGACUCCAAGGGCAUUAACACCCCAAGAAUUAACAAUGGCAAUGAGUAAAAUUCAUGAAUCAUUAAUAGCUGUUGCCGGUAGACUACAAAGUGUUCAUAGUAAAGUACAACAGCAAAAAGAACAGUACCUUAAUUUAAGAAAAUAUAUUUUGAAAGAUAGUACAAACGUAUUCGAAGAAAUUAAAUCAAAUGGUAAAAGUAAUCGGCAUAGCGUAGGCAAAAUUACCAUAGGUCCUACGCCUUUUGGUCCAGGAAAUAAAAGUUUUUUAUCAUCGACAACAUUAAAUACGAAUAGACAACCAAGUUAUGGAUCUGCCAAUUCUAUGGUUUGGGGAAAUCCAACAUUGCCAUCAGCGAGCAAUAUUUCAUUAAAUACUUCAAUGAAACCACCUACGACGGGCUUAAAUUUCAAUCCACCUUUGAAUUUAACCGCACCAUUGUCUACGAGUGAAUCAACUUCAUGUUUCCAACUACAAAAACCACCGAUUGGAAAUAAGCGUGGGAAACACUGAUAUAAAUAACUGCGCAUAUUCGAUUUUAUUAAUUUUAAUUAUUCAUAAUCAAAUUAUGCGCAUUAAUAAAUAUCUUUGAUGGAUUAAAACCAUAUUUAGAUAAAAAUAUUGUUGAAAUUUUUUAUAUAACAAUAUUCUCAUGUUUAUUGUUUUUUUUUUUUUUUUUUUCAUUUUUACAUCAUGAGUUGAACUGAAAAUUAGAAUGUUAAUGACAAUAACUUGUGAAUGUGUUUUUGUAAAGGAAGUAUGACAAUGUUGUGAGAUUUAAUCGUUAUAAUUCCUUCAAUAAUAAUAAAAAAUAAAAAACUUUUUAUAAUUUUUAAUAA